AUGGAAGACCUCCAAAUGGGUGGAACCAGUCCAACUUGCUCGAGUGACUCAUAUAUGCCUUCUUAUUGUUAUUCAGGAGUGAACUCGUUCGGCACAACAACAGACCUGCAGACAGAGGAAAGCGAGCAGAGCAUGGAUGACUCCGGGCCCUCGACGCCAGUCCACUAUUCCGAGUCUUUCAGGGACGACGAUUGCAUCCGAGUUAUUAGACCCUAUGCCAUUGAGGAACCCGACGAUGAGCCUGAUUAUACCAUUCCGAGGUUAUAUACACCAUGUCUCCCAGAUCGGUUUGAACAAUGGCAGCGCGAUUUGGCGGACUACAUGGACGACCUGGAUUGUCAACCCGAUGGACUCUAUCCCUAUUCCCGAAGGACCACACGAAAGGAAGGACGGAAAAGGAAAACGGCCCACAUCACUGAUGCCACACAGCCCUGCCACCCGCACAUGAAACACAGACAUACAUCGGUCAAGAUUCAGCCUCAGAUGCGUGGCAAUGGUACCAAGCGACAGAAGCUUAGCAAACAACCGCAUGGAGUUUCACAGAGGAUAGACUCGUUCAUGGGUUACCGGGAAGCAGGUGCCCACGAAAGCUCAAGUCCCGAACUUCGAUCGGCCAGUCUUAGUGGCAGCGAUACUGUGCACAGCUCGUGCAGCUCUGAGGAUAUGGACAUUGGAUAA